AUGUCUCAACCACCGCCUAGCAUGAGCCCGGAGGAGCCCACCUCCAUCGACGACGCACAGCUACCACAAAUCAAGCUGGCAGGGUUGAUCGAGGGCGAUCCCGAGACACGGCGUGCACUGCUCGCUGCAUGCGAGAAGAAUGGAUUCUUCCAUCUUGACAUUGUUGGCGGCGACGACCAGUUCCUGCAGACGUGGGACAAGCUGCUCGAGGUCAUGGCUGAGUACUUCCACCAGCCGCAGGAGGUCAAGAUGCUAGACGAUCGGCAAAGCGAUACACACGGAUACGAGCCCAUGGCGACAUCGGCAGGAGCCGCGCCGGGGCUUCCAGAUUACUACGAGUCGUUGAAGGUAUCGCGGGAUGAGCUCCGGCAGAACAGCUCGAAAGUAGCCAGUAUCGUCAAGUCCCAGCGGAAGAUCUUCGAGGCCUACAUCGCCUCCGCGCACGCCGUGGUCUCGACAGUACUGCGCGAGCUAUCCGUGGCCCUAGGUGACCAGUAUCCUCUCACAGAGGCCCAUUCAGACGACCGGCCAUCGCGCAGCACGCUGUCUGUUUUCCGGUAUCCAAAGCAGGACGAGGACGUCGAGUUGAGCGGCCUGGGCCACAACAAGCACACGGACCUGGGCACGCUGACGCUGCUGCUGUGUCGGCAAUGGGGCUUGCAGGUGCUCACGGAGGACAAUGGCUGGCAGUUCGUCGCGCCCAGGCCGGGUUGCGCCGUCGUCAACGUGGGCGACUCGCUGCGCUUUCUUUCGGGGUUGCGGCUGCGGUCUGUCGUGCACCGCGUCGUGCCGCGCAAUGCUGCCCAGCGCCAGGACGAGGACCGGUACAGCGUCGCGUACUUUCUGCGCCCGGCCGACGAUGUCACUUAUCGCGAUGUCAACGGGCGCACCGUCUCGGCCUGGGCCUGGCAUGACGACAAGUUUGACAUGUUCCGCCAGCCUCAUGAUAUACAGGAGUCUAAUGCUGUCGCCACUGGGGGGAUGGAGCGUGCGGACACACUCAUCUUUUAA